AUGGGUAAAGCCAAGAAAGAAAAGAACAGAAUUUCUAAAGAACAAAAUAAAAAUGGGGGUGGUCCGGCGAAAGGUAACCUGAAAGUAAAGGGUGAGAAUUUUUAUCGGGAUGCUAAACAAGUGAAGUUUGUUAAUAUGCUCAAGGGAGGAAAGCCGACUAGAAAUUCUAAAGGAAAGAUCGUUAAGGAGGCACCUUUUCAGAGUAAAUUGGCCCUUGCUGCUAAAGUGCAACCGGAUAGGCGAUGGUUCGGGAACACUAGAGUCAUUGGACAAAAGGAAUUGGAGGCUUUUCGAGAAAGUCUCGGUUCAAAAGUCAAUGAUCCAUAUCAAGUGUUACUUCGACAGAAUAAAUUACCCAUGAGUUUAUUAUCCGAUGCAUCAAAGGUAUCGCGAAUGCACAUGGUUGACACAGAGCCAUUUUCUGAUACAUUUGGUCCAAAGGCGCAAAGAAAACGACCAAAGUUGAAAGUUGAUUCAUUGGAAGAUUUAGCAGCUAGUACAACUGAAUUAUUAGAAAAUUAUGAUGACAAGAAUGAUCCAUCACUAUUGUCUAAUAAUGUAACUGAUUGGAUCGACGAAGCUAGGGAUAGCGUAUUCUCCAAAGGUCAAUCCAAGCGUAUCUGGAAUGAGUUAUAUAAGGUUAUAGAUUCAUCAGAUGUUGUUAUUCACGUUUUGGAUGCACGGGAUCCAAUUGGUACGCAAUGUAAAAACGUCGUAAAAUAUAUAAAAAAGGAUGUUGGUCAUAAACAUUUGGUUUUCCUGUUAAAUAAAUGCGAUCUGGUCCCAACUUGGGUUACGGCAAAAUGGGUUUCGAUAUUAUCAAAGGAAUAUCCGACUUUAGCAUUUCAUGCUAGUAUAAAUAAUUCUUUUGGUAAGGGAUCCUUGAUACAAUUAUUAAGGCAAUUUUCCGCUUUACAUUCGGACAAGAAGCAAAUUAGUGUCGGGUUUAUUGGUUACCCAAACACUGGAAAAAGCUCAAUCAUAAACACUUUAAGAAACAAAAAAGUGUGUAACGUUGCUCCGAUCCCUGGUGAAACGAAGGUAUGGCAAUACAUCACGUUAAUGAAACGUAUCUAUUUAAUAGAUUGUCCGGGAAUUGUACCACCAUCAUUGGAAGACAGCGAAACAGAUAUUGUACUUAAAGGAGUUGUACGCGUUGAAAAUCUAAAAACUCCCGAAGAUUACAUUCAAAAAAUACUAGAAAUAGUACGAAAAGAAUAUAUACAACGUACUUAUGAAGUACGUGAAUGGACAGACCAUGUAGAUUUUCUUGCGCGAUUAGCACAAAAAUAUGGUAAAUUAUUAAAAAAGGGCGAACCUGAUUUGGGCACCGUAUCUAAAAUGGUUCUGAAUGAUUGGCUACGUGGUAAAAUACCAUAUUUUACCCCCCCUCCACGAAAUGAUGAUGACGUUGAUGAGAUUAAACAUGCCGAGCAAGUUAAAGAGGAGGAAGAGGUUGCCGAGAAAAUUUCUGAUAAUUCAAAGAAUAAAGUUCAAGAAGAUAAGGAUAUACCUGAUUGGGAUGAGAUAUUUGAAAGUGUGGUUGGUGAAGAAGUGUCUAGCAUUAUGAACGCCAAAGUUGAGAAUGCUAACCAAGAUGAUGAUGCCGAAACAUUAGCCGAUGAAGAUAUAAAGGAGUCAUCGCACAAAGGAAAGAAUAAGGCUGAAAAUGUAAUAAAUAAGUCAAAAAAGAACAAGCGUGAUAAAAGAAAAGGGACACAUGAUGACGAUGAAGUAACAAUAUCCAAAAAAGAACCGCGUAUGAAAACUAAUAAGAGAAAGAUUGGGGUGCAUUUUUAUGAAACUGCUAAUGUCAAAAAUCGAAAUAGAAAGAAAGUUAAGCCGCAAGAUAUUACAAAGUUAGCUAAAAAAUUUAAAAAUAUGGGGAAUAAAAAAUAA